GCGUGUAGUGGUCUGUGUAAGCGCAGAGGCUGAGACGCACCAUGUUUAUUACAGAGGCCAUAAGGAUGAGCCGUCGACAAUGCUAGCUCCACCAUGGGGAGUGUCACUCUCCGAUACUUCUGCUAUGGCUGUCUCUUCACGUCUCUGACCUGGUCCGUCUUGCUCUUCCUGUACUUUAACUUUAGCCAGGAGAUCCGCCUGUCCUCCAGCCAUGUGCCCAUCCAGGGGUCACAACACCGCUUCCAACCCCGCUUCACUCGCCGCCCAGCACUGCUCAGCAAAGCACAUGGGCACAACGCCCUCCGGAACAACCUUGCACCUGAAAUGGGUAUGAUAUACAAUGAGAAGGAUCAGGAAAUAAGAGAUAUGGGCUACCACAGACAUGCCUUUAAUGUUCUCAUCAGCAACAGAAUCGGUUACCACAGAGACCUACCAGACACCAGAAAUGAAAAGUGCAAAGCUAAGAUGUAUCCAUUAGCAUUACCCACUGCCAGUGUCAUCAUCUGCUUCUUUAAUGAGGCAUUCUCAGCAUUGCUAAGGACUGUGCACAGCGUUCUGGAUCGAACACCUGCUUACCUUCUGCAUGAGAUCAUCCUGGUGGACGACAGCAGUGAGCUAGAUGAUCUGAAGGAGGACCUGGAUGUGUAUGUGCAGAAGAACCUGCCAGAUAAAGUGAAGGUUGUACGGAAUGAGAAGAGAGAAGGGCUCAUUCGGGGACGAAUGAUCGGAGCGUCGCAUGCUACAGGUGAGGUCUUGGUCUUCUUGGACAGUCACUGUGAGGUGAAUGAGAUGUGGCUACAGCCCCUGCUGACUCCUAUUAAAGAGAACCGUCACACAGUGGUGUGCCCCGUCAUCGAUAUCAUCAGUGCAGAUACACUAAUCUACACUCCCUCCCCCAUUGUGAGGGGUGGCUUUAACUGGGGGCUGCACUUUAAAUGGGACCCCGUUCCUCCAGCAGAACUCAACAGUCCCAGUGGAGCCAUCAGGUCUCCUACGAUGGCUGGAGGCCUGUUCGCAAUGGACAGGGCAUACUUUAACGAGCUCGGACAGUACGACAGUGGCAUGGACGUCUGGGGUGGGGAAAAUCUUGAGAUUUCAUUUCGGAUCUGGAUGUGUGGAGGUCAGCUGCUAAUCAUUCCCUGCUCCAGAGUGGGUCACAUCUUCCGGAAACGGCGUCCAUACGGCUCCCCAGGAGGCCAGGACACCAUGGCCCACAAUUCCCUGCGGCUGACUCAUGUCUGGAUGGAUGAGUACAAGGAGCAGUAUUUUGCACUUCAUCCGGAGCUUAGGAAUCGUGACUAUGGAGAUAUCAGUGAACGCCUGGCUGUUCGCCGACGCCUGCAGUGUCGCUCCUUUAAGUGGUACCUGGACAACGUCUAUCCAGAAAUGCAGCUGUCCUCACCUCAGAAUAAAGCACAGCAUCCUGUUUUCUUCAACCGUGGAGUUAAGAGACCCAAAGUACUGCAGCGUGGCCGGUUACGCAACCUGCUGGCCAACAAGUGUUUGGUGGCUCAAGGACGUCCCAGCCAGAAGGGUGGCGCUGUUGUGGUGAGACCCUGCGAUUCUCAGGACCCUGAACAGGAAUGGGCGUAUGAUGAGGAGCAUGAGUUGAUCCUGGCAGGGCUACUGUGUUUGGACAUGUCGGAGAUUCGCUCGUCUGAUUCUCCUCGCUUGAUGAAGUGUCAUGGCUCAGGAGGCUCACAACAGUGGAGCAUCGGCAAGAACAAUCGUCUGUACCAAGUGUCAGUCGGUCAGUGCCUGGCCAUGCUCGAUCCUCUUAGCCAUAAGGGCUAUGUUGGCAUGGCGAUCUGCGACAGCACAGAGGCCCAGCAGUGGGAGUUGGAAGGCUGAUGAAGUUUGGCUUGGUCCUACACUCAUGCUACUUUGUUUCUGUGAAGCGAAACUAAGGGCUUGGAAUCACGGUGUAGGUGAAAGAACCGGACCAAUAAAUCCACAACUCGUCGUGGUAGCAUUAUUACUCGCUAUUUUCUAACUGCCGUUGUGCUCAUCAUGGCUUUGAGCUCUUCAGUAUUGUAAAACUUUAAUAGAAGUGAUUAUUUUUUAUUUAUAACGUUAAUCUGUUUGUUGGAAUUGUAACCAGUUUGCACAGUGAUCUUGCUGAGACAAGUCAAAGAGAAAUAUUUUUGUUGUAAACGUAGAUGUUGUGUCCACUGAGUUUUGAAGUUUUAGAUUUGAUUAUAACUAUAAUGUGUGUGUGAUUUUUAGGGCAUUAAAUAAGCCACUGAAAGUUUCUGAGAUAAAAGUACAUGUUGAAUCAAAUAAAUCCAGUAAAUCGUUACUGAAUUAUGAAAGCUUGUGUUUGAAUAUGUAACCAAUUUAACUAGCUUGUAAAAUUGACUAAUUUACUGCAGUUACUGUAAACCCCAUUAGAUGUGACCCUCCCACCCCAAUCUUUCCAGAAUGGGCCGGGGAUAGCUGAAACUGUCAGCACUUGCAGUUGGUGAGCUGCAUUUUUUCAUGUGCCAGUGGUAGAGUCUCACACAGAGCUGUACGGUGUACAGAGAGCCACACUGAGCACUAGUGCAUGUGUGUCCUCCCUGAAAUCAGAAGGCACAAUUGCACAGCGGCAGUGAAACGCUUUUUGACCUCCGUCUUUCAGUCAAAACCAAGUGUGCCUUUAUAACGUACAAGUCAAGAUUUUUUUUGCAUUUCUACAUUUUUAUCUGUAAAAUUAAGUGCAGUAAAAUAUACAGGCAGAUUAUAUACCACAGACUCCGAUAGAAUGUGAAAUGCAUCACUUACAAUCCCUUAUUCAACAAAUAACAUAUGGUUAAAUCAAAUGUUUCCAUAUAUUUUAAUACAUUUAAUAUUAAUUUAGUCUAUCCCUCGGACAGUUAAUAAAUGAAGUGUUAAGUCAGGAAUGUUGUAUAAAAUUUUAUAUCUAUCAAGGUGAAUCAGAAUUAGCAGUUUAUUUCUUAACCGUUUGCUUUCAGUCCUCCAAUCAGGUUAUAAAUAUUACUUGAAAAUUGUUUGCAGAUCAGGCAGUAAUCACAAUCAAUUUUCCAAUUUAUCCAUAAUGUGUUCGGAGGAGUCGAGAUGAGAAACUUGUCACAGCAUGUAUUGUGGCCUGACUUUGAGGCAACACAUACCUUUGAAAUCUGUAUAGUGUACAGCAAUCAUAUGAGCUUGUGUGGUGUAAUGGUAACAGCAGUGCAUGAGUUCCAUGGAUUUCAAUCCAUGCAUACGAAUGGCCGAAUGAUCCACUGUGACAGCUGGAGCAGCUGAAAGAUCAUUCAUUCAUUCAUUCAUACUGUAAUGCAUUUAUUAAUAACUAAAAAGCCCUCUGAAGUUAUUUUGUCCGUGUUAUUAAUAAACUAAAUAACUCUCAACUGUUAGUAAGAUCAUUUUACUAGUAUGAAUGAGUAGUCAGUUUAAGCACUAAAGACUCGACCACAGGACUGUCUCUUUACGAUUAUUAAAGCUUUGAAACCAUGGUCAGUAAUGGAACAACUCUUGAACUCUAGUCUGCUGUGAACGUGAGCUUUAUUUUCAUAAUUGUGUUAUAUUCUAUAUUCUUGUUCUUUGUUAUUCUGUAAACGACUGUACCAAUAAAUAAGUUCUCAAUAUUUAAAA